UGAGACACGCCUGCUGGGAAAAAGUGACGUGUCACCACAAGCAUGAAACGCCAUGUCGGUUCGGCAUUCCUGCAGACUUGGAAAGGACUUCAAAUUCUCCAGAAGCUUGCAACAAGACUGCCGGGGUUAACACUGAGAGCCACAGCUACUUCGCCAUCAAAUUUCUUGAAUCAUCUCGAGAUCUGUCAUGUCGACCAUACUGUCCACAAACGAACGCGAUAUGGGUGUCGAAGAAUGUCUUCCACACCAAAACCACGUCAAAGACAAUCUGCGUUCAUUUCGUUUCUUCGGUCUCUCGGCGGAGCUUCGCAAUCACAUCUACGAAGAUGCCCUCACGUUAUGUACCAGAGGCAAAUGCGAUGCCCAGCUUCUCUCGACGUGCAAAUGUAUCCAUCAGGAAGCGACCUCCAUCCUCUAUAGUAAUAUCUUCAUAGUUGGAUACCUGCCCUCUCCACCAAGCAAUCACAGCGGUGCAGAUGUAUUGGUGUUCCAAGAAGAUAUGGACUUCAUUCAACCACGCGGUCAGAUCAAGUGGCCCAAAUUCCUGCGAAAGGCUCGUCACCUGAGAUUUGUGGCUCCGAACAACGCCGGAACUGUGUACGAGAUUGAGUUCCUUUUGCACUCUCUGUGCUCCUUUCUUGGUGGAAGACAUAAUCUACAAGUGCUCGAGCUCGAUUUCGUCAACUACACCUGUUCCAAGCCAGCACCUAGACCAGUCGAAACAUUCGCAAUUCGUCUUCUCGAUAAGCCCGAUCUCAAGCUCAAGCUCAAGAACGCCAAUAAACCGCAAAGUCUCUUCAGAGACGGACAUACCAUACUGUCCCGCAAUGCUAGCACUGUCACCGAGGCCUGUCAUCGAUUACAACAAGAGCUGGAGGAACUGCUCGAGCUCACACUAGAAACUGCAAGAUUACAAGCAGCAGCAUAUGGCAAAUAUUUUUUCGAUAUCAAAUUCGAUCGAGGGUCGCCAGGAAUGUUGCAGACCUGCAAGAUCUACAAAAGAUUAUACAUGAUCGAUCUCGACAAGAACAUCGAAAGAUUGCUCACUUUUGACACCAUCUUACACAAUUGGUACAUGGAUUCAACGUAUGAAAUGAGUGACUACCUGAUCAUGGAAGACCAUCGGCUUGACCUGGAGGACGAUGAGAACAAGCUCCUGCCGCAGAUCUGGUGGGAGAAAGCGCGUUCGUUGAUGCGCUGCGGGAUCGAGCUCGAAGUCAUGUGGAGAAACUCUAGCUUGCGAAGAGCGGCGGCAAACCGCGCCACUGCUUCGUAGCUCAUUCAAUUCACGCCGGGAAUUGAAAAUAAUGCGGUAAGCUGUGUUCAAAGAACCCCGUGGGCUGCAGUACGAUUGAUUUGCAUCUUUUGGGAUGGUGAAGUGGCUUUGGGACAGCCCGCGCUGGUAUCUUCAUUGCCCAGUAGUCUUUCAGUCUACUCUAUCAUAAUCAAUUGCACCGAACAAGUGAACAC